AUGCAAACUGCAUCUAUAUUUAAUGGAAUAUAUGUAGUAUAAAAAAAGAUAUCUUCUGGGUCAUUUGGAGUGGUGCUUCUGGGACAAGAUAAAGAGAGAAAUGUUGAUGUGGCGAUAAAAAUAGAAAAAGAGGAGAAUGAGGAUGUGCGUUCAUUAGAGAGGGAAGUUUAAGUCUUGGAAAGAUUGUAAGGAACUGAUGGGGUACCGAAAUUGUUGUGGCAUGGGCAGUAGGAUGAAUACAAUGUAAUCAUUCUGCAGUUGUUGGGGAAGGAUCUAUCCCAUUUCAUGAAGACAAAGAAGAAGUUUUCUUUUAAAACCACGAUACAGUUGGGCAUUCAAAUUGUGCAUGUUUUAGAGAGGAUACAUAACAAAGGUGUUGUGCAUAGAGAUCUGAAACCAGAAAAUAUUUUAUUCGGAAUUGAAGAUGAAUCAUCUAAAAUAUACGUAGUCGAUUUUGGGAUCAGCAAAAUAUAUAGAGAUGCUCAAGGAAAUAUUUUACCCUUCAGAGACAAUGCAUCAUUUAUAGGUACUACAAGGUAUGCAUCGAUUGCUGCACAUAAGGGUCAUGAAUUAAGUAGGAAGGAUGAUAUCGAAUCAUUAAUAUAUGUGUUAUUGUAUUUCAUGAAAGGGCAGCUUCCAUGGCAAAAUAUGCAGAAUGUCAGUGAUGAAGAAAGAACUGUCAAAGUCGGUGAAAUGAAAAUGAACAUGGAUCCUCGAGAAUUGUGCAAAGAUGUACCAAUUGAGUUUGCUAAAAUUCUAGAAUAUCUGAAAUAAUUACAAUAUAACAGUGACCCUAAUUAUUAUUUCGUGUAUCAUCAAUUCGAAAAGGCUGCUGAAAAUCAAGGAAUCCAAUUAGAUAAUAUAUUUGAUUGGGAUUAAUAGUAAUAGAUGAAGAUCUCACAGAGUAAUAAUGAGAAUAUAGAUAAUUUAUAACGAUCAAAUACUCAAUAAUAAUUGUAACCUCCUUAAUCGACUGAGAUGAAGAAAUCAAUUGAGAAACAAGGAUCCAAUUUGAUUAGAUAAUUAAGCAACAAUCAAUUUUUAAUCCCACCUUCCCAAUUGAAAAGACAAGAUUCCCAGUAGCCCAGCGUGGUUUCUGGGAGUGUGAUGUUGAGUACUUACAAUUCAAUAAGGCCCAAAUACUAAGCUUCACAAAUGGCUUUUGAUAUCAAAGUGUGUGAUGAUAAUUCUCCUUAAGAUAUUAAUUAGAAUAUGAAGUAGACUGCUGAAACAGGUAAUUAAAAUGGUGGAUAAAAUUCAUGCGCUGAGACAGUUUGUUGGAAAGAUUCAGUUUUUGAGGAGAACUUUGAAGAAAUACCACUAGCUAAAAAGUACGGUAUGCUCAAGUAGAAAGGAGUUGAAAUACCAAAAAAGAGAAAAACUAGUUAAAGUCCAAUUAAAUAAAGGAAAAAGAAUUGA